CCCCGCAGAUUUUCCGUGGGAAGGAUUCCCCCCCUCCUCUACUCCCAGCUGCGCCUCUUCUUCACCGACGUCACCUGCGCCAAACCCCGCAGCAGCCGCAACUCCAGCAUCGAAGCGUUCGUGGUUUGUCGUGACUACAGCCCCCCCGAGGGCUACGUGCCCACCAUGGACAACCCGCUGCUGGACCCCGAUGGGGUUCUGGAGCUGUCGGAGCUGUCGGGGCCGUCGCGUUUGAUCGUUCCCUUCGUGGCCUGCGGGGAUCUGAGCGCGUACGACCCCGACCGCACCUAUCCUCUGCAGGUGGGGGCACUGGGAGGGACUGGGAUAUACUGGGAGGACUGGGGGGGAGCUGGGGGCACUGGGAGGGACUGGGAAGGGGACUGGAGGCACGGGGAUAGACUGGGAUAUACUGGGAGGGGAUGUGGGGGGCACUGGGAUGGAAUGGGAGGGGCACUGGGAUAGACUGGGAUAUACUGG